AUAAUUUGAAUUUGACUAGACUAAUUGGUUUGCAGUGAUUUGUUGAGGAGAAUGGAGGAACAAAAGGAGCCGGAGUUGGUGCAAGUCGCCGCCGAGUUAACAGAAGUGGUUCAGUCUCUUCCUUCCGACGCCGUUAACCACUUGUUCUCCCUCGGGUUAUGCGUGCGCUGCAUCUUUCGUGUAUUCGGCGUCCAAGCCACCACUGUCUAUGCUUCACCUUCGCUAUUCGGUCUUCAAUCACCAACAGAUAAACUCUGCACCCUCUGCUUAGGUAUCCUUCAGUUUAGAUUUCGCAAUGACGACAACACUAGUAUAACGGACGAUGUUCCUCUCCUCAUUUCCGAUUUCGUUAAACGUGAGGGCUAUCACUGUGAUUCCUUUUCCCUCGAAGUUUCCAUACCACAAAUUAUCCAACACAACGAUAACUCUCUUCGCUCAUACAUGAAAACCAAAUAUGGAUCUCAACCUUGGUUCCAAGACACUUGCAUAUCUGCAAAGGAGGCCUUCAAAUUUUCUAUAAUGCAUCCUCUUCAAAAUCUCCUGGAAUGUAAAUCAAGUACGGAUUCUCUCCGCAUCCGUUUGACAUACAGCGUGUCAAAAGAGGCUGAGAAAUCAUGUUCGGAUAAUGUUGACAGUUGUAAGAGAAGAAAAACAGAUGAAUGCAAUUUAGUUGGACAAAAGCCUUCUAGCAGUUCGCCGGAAAACGAAUCCUCUGAUUGCUGUAAAUUCUUGCUGGAAAUGGCAAAUGAACCUUGCCAUUUUACUUACCUUUGCUAUAGAGCACCUUUAUAUUUUGGUGGAAGAUACCUGAAGUAUUCGCGGAAUGUGAGUCAAUCACGUUGGAUCAUUGACGAUGAAAGAAUGGGGGAAGCAUCAGUAGAGGAAAUAAUUGGUGGAAACAUCCUCCCAGUAUGCCAAGCUGAUAGUUUCAAGUUUCAUGCUGCCGGAAGAGAAGAUAUUGAUGUUCGAAUGCUGGGCCUAGGCAGGCCAUUCCUUGUUGAGGUGCAAAAUGCACGACAAGUCCCAUCUGAACAGUUUGUUAAAGAUAUAGAGAAAAAGAUAAAUAGCAUGGAGAAUAAAUUGGUUAGAGUGAAAAAUCUGAAACUUGUUGGCAGUCAUGGCUGGGACCUCAUGCGUGAAGGAGAAGCUGAGAAGCAGAAGCAAUAUGCUGCUUUAGUGUGGAUUUCUCGUCCUCUGAAGGAUGAAGAUUAUCAACACGUGUCUUCACUCAAGGAUUUGAAAGUUUUGCAAAGGACCCCAAUCAGGGUGCUACACCGUCGUAGUCCUUUAGAACGUGAAAAAAUCAUUCAUUGGAUGAAAAUGGAGACAAUUGCUGGAAGUUCCCAAUAUUUCCUUUUGCAUCUAUGUACACAGGCUGGGACCUACAUCAAGGAAUUCGUUCAUGGGGAUCUUGGACGCACACAUCCUAGCAUUGGAUCUAUGUUCGGAUGUAGAGCUGAAAUUUUGCAACUUGAUGUGACAGACAUCAAGAUGGAAUGUUUCCUGACUUAAGGGUACCUCAUGGCCCCAUUUUAAAUCUUCCUAGUUCUUACUGAUUUAUUUAGAUUUAGUAGAUAGACCGAUUUUGACAGUUAAUUUUUGUUGAGGCAGGCAAAGUUAAUGUUAAACAUGACCUUAUAUUUGAAAUGAUAUUCUAAAAGUAAGUUGAAAUAAUUGAAGUUAAA